AUGUCGACACUCGAACAGGGCGAGAAGCUCCAGAAGCUGGCUUAUGCCCAUCCUCCGAUCGAACCACAAGGUUUUGCCCUCGUUUUGAUCAUUGUCGUUUUAAUAUUCGUGGUGAUUGCGACGGUUAUUAUGGCUCUGAGGGUCUACGUCCGGGCUUGGAUGCUGCGAUAUACCGCAAACUGGGGAUGGGAGGAUACCUUUGCUGUGUUAUCCUAUGGCUCUUUCAUCGUCAGUAGCGUAUUUGCCGCCAAAGCAGCAUACUUUGGCCUUGGGACGAGGGACGAUAAACUGAACGAUCUCGUCAUGGUUCGAUGCGCCGAGUACAUGCUCUACUCCCAGGUCACGUACGGAACCACGGUACCAUUGAUCAAAGCUUCAGUCGUAUUCAUGCUGCUUCGCAUCACUGUCGAACCAAAGUACCGCUGGACGCUCUACAUCAUGCAGCUGCUCGCCACGGUUAUGGCAAUCGUUGGAAUAGUUGCUUCUCUUACCUACUGCACCCCCGUCCGAGCAUAUUGGAACCCUUUGCUUGGAAAAUGUGGUGACUUCAAUCGAGUUGUCAUCAUUGGGUACUUUUGGACGGCUGUGGGUAUUGUGACAGACUGGUGCUGCGCCAUCUUGCCCUACUUUGUGGUACGAAAGCUGCAGAUGAAUCGGCGGUCCAAGAGAAUCGUUAUGCUCAUCCUAGGACUGGGUGCUCUUGAAAGCACGGCUACGAUCGUCAGGGCGCCUUACCUUCAGUACUACCUGGCUACAAAGGACAAGCUAUACUGGAACGGCCAUAUUUCCCUUUGGUGUCAACUAGAGAGUAGAAUCGCCAUCACCGCAGCAUCCCUCCCGUCUCUCCGGAAAUUGUUUACCGAUAUUUCGACCGUAGUCGUGGUGCUUCCAAAGGCCAGUCAGCUGGCAACGCGUCGAGCGGUCAACAAAUCCACACGAUUGGAGGAGGACAGAUGA